AUGGCCGUCAUCGAUAACCUCAAGAACGCCGUCGCGGGAAGCACCGGACCCGCUUUUGACAAGAACAACAUCACCGUCAUCUUUGUCCUCGGUGGACCUGGUGUCGGAAAGGGAACUCAAUGUGAGAACUUGGUCAAAGACUAUGGCUUUCAGCACUUGUCGGCUGGAGACCUGCUCCGAGCCGAGCAAGCUCGUCCUGGUUCGGAGUUUGGCGAGAUGAUCUCUACCUACAUUCGGGAGGGUAACAUCGUCCCCAUGGAGGUCACUAUCAAGCUCUUGGAGAACGCCAUGAGAGAGACGAUCAACAACCCGCCCAAGUCUGUCGGGUGGGAAGAUGGAAAGGGAAGGUUCUUGAUCGAUGGUUUCCCAAGGAAGAUGGACCAGGCCAUCGAGUUUGACCGAUCUACAUGCGAAUCGACCUUUGUCCUGUUCUUCUCGUGUACCGAAGAGGUCAUGCUCGAGCGACUGAUGGGUCGGGCCAAGACGAGCGGUCGGGAGGACGACAACAAGGAGAGCAUCGUCAAGCGUUUCCGUACCUUCACGGAAACCAGUAUGCCUGUCGUGGACUACUACCGAAAGGCUAACAAGGUCGUCGAGGUUGAUGCUACCGACAGCAUCCCGGCCGUCUAUGCCAAGGUCAAGGUUGCGGUCGAUGCGGCAUUGGCAGCCAAGGUGUCUCUUACCGGUGUUGACACCUCUGGUUCCCAGGUCGGCAAGCAGGCCGUCAACAUCUAA